GAGUAGAGGCAGUACAGAGCAAACAUGUCCAUUGCAGUGAUAACAAGUGUGAUGAUCGCGGUGUUCUGCGGAUUGGGAUUGGGGUAUAAUUUCGAUGAGCAUUAUGGAAAACCAGGAUUUCCGGUGCUACCGCCUCCUAGGACGACCAGGCAGACGACAGGUGGUGGAGGAUUCAUUUGCGUGUCUCCUGCAAAUUGUAAUAAUCCUAACAAUACAAACGUAAUUGAUCCUAGGAUCGUGACACCUGGAACUGCUCAACCUACAACUUGUCCCGCUGGACAGGUUGAAUGCGCUUGUGGAACCAGAUAUAUACCGGUGGUGGAUGAGGUGGCUGGAGCCACCAAGCAAGGUGCAUUCCCUUGGCAAGCGUAUUUGGAGUUCAAUGGUCGGUACAAUGGAAGUGGUGUUCUGGUCGAUCCGACUCACGUGGUGACAGCCGCUCAUAAAGUCUUCCCUUAUAUGACGACACCUCAAGCUAUAACCGUGAAGAUGGGCGUAUGGAACAAUCCUACAGGCCCAAACGUUCAGAUGAGCACCGUCAGAGCAAUCAGAAUUCAUCCCGGUUACCAAGCCAAAAUACCAACCCUCAUGGAUGACAUCGCCAUUCUCCAAUUGACAACCCCGAUCGUGCUUGGAAAAUCACCAUCCGUAGGAGCCGCGUGUUUACCAUCAGCAGACAUAUCUCAGUACAUAGGAAGGAGAUGCCUCGUGGCGGGCUGGGGAGUGACUUCUUUUGGAGCGAACGACGCACCGACGAUGAAUCAAAAGCAAGUCCAGGUUCCCAUCGUCGAUUACAAUACGUGCAGAACGUCGAUGAUGCAAGGACACGUUUUGGGCACGAACACGGACAGAUUUCUGGACACGGGCAACAGAGAGAUCUGCGCCGGAGGGGAAGCCAAUAGAGAUGCAUGCACGCAAGACGGAGGAUCUCCGCUCGUGUGUCAAGGGUCUGCUGAUGGCGUCUUCCGAGUCGUUGGUCUGGUCAUAUGGGGCAAGAACUGCGGACAACCCAACGUUUAUGGUGUCUAUGUAAGCGUUCCGGCUUACCUAACCUGGAUCCGAGCUACGAUUGCAGCCCUGUAAGAGCCAACUCUAAAUCUUCAACCUAACUACAAUAUAUGUAUAUAACCGAUAUUUAUUUAAUCAAGAUUCUAA